UGCAGUGUAACGCAGCCAUUCCUCCCUUCCGUUUCAUUACUACAUACCAAGCUAUGCUGUGAUCCCCCAACCUUAUGGUUUUGCCUGGUAGCUGCAAUGCACGUGUAAUGUUAAGCCAUUAUGUGAGACGGAGGUUUAAAAACCCCUUGACGGUUCUUAUAGAGAGCCUGGAUUCUUAUAUGCUCAGCACUCGACGUUAGUUGAGCACCAUGGGUUUCCGGGAACCAGGACCGAAACGAUGAGAAUAUGGCUCCCGUCCAAAGUUCAUCUGACAGUAACGAACAUACUACUGCAUACGCCGUCAACGGGCUCGCCAUCACAUUGGCCGUCAUCUCCGUUGCACUGCGGUUCUAUACCCGUCUAUUCACGAAGUCGGGCCUUAAAGUCGAUGACUGGCUCAUCUUAGUCGCUCUCAUUACUUCCUUAGUAACUGCAGUCCUCGUAUUAAUCGGCAACAAAGCUGAUCCGAAUGGCAUCCAUGUGCUGGAAAACGAAGACCCGAACUAUGCUUACACCGACGCGGACCAUCUGUACCUCAAACUGUCCUUCACCUGCUCCGUCCUAUAUCUAACGGCUGCUGGCGCCACCAAGUUGGGGAUCUUACUCAUGUACCAUCGGAUCUUCGCUAUCAGCACUUAUUUCCGGUACCAGCUAUUUGCUGCAAGUUCGCUCGUCAUCGGCUGGUGGAUCGGGUGCACGAUCGCCGCGCUCAGGAAAUGUGAUCCGCUAGAAGCCGGGCUGUUCAACACUCUAAACGACCCCAAGCAUUGCUUCAACUUCAAUGUUUUCUGGCUGGGCUCGGGAAUUUGCGAGAUAUUUCUAGAUGUUUGGAUUUUGACGCUGCCGGUGGGCGUGGUGGUGCGGAUGCGGAAUUCGCCGAGGCAGAAGCUUGUCGUCUCUGGAAUCUUUAUGCUGGGUGCGCUAUCUAUUAUCACCGGUAUAGUCAAGACUAUACUUGCUUAUAAGCCAGGAAGACGGUCGUUAUCUUACGCCAAUACGGAAGUCUGGACGGCCUUGCAUACAAGUAUAGCCAUCCUUUGCGCCAGUCUGCCUAUACUCAGACCCCUUGCCAAACGUAUAGCAGCAUCCAGAUUUGGCGUGAAACUCUCGUCUCUCUUCUCCCGGUUACGAAAAUCACGAAGUUCACAGUCCGGCGAUGGUUCGGAAAGCGAUCAAAAGAGGACUGAGACGCCACCACAUGGACACUUCAACUUAUCAUUCAUAGCUUCAGAGGCGGUUCAAAAUAUAUUAAAAGCACCGAAUACGGUUGACCCCGCUCCUCAUUCCGAACCACCUAGGCAUUAUUACCUCCCAGUGAACCCCUGAGCCAAGUAUAUUCCUGGUAUUGUCGUCAUACCCCGUAUCCUAGUCCCGCAUGUCUAUGACACCUCACUUAUAAGCUCUCGCUUUACCGUCCGACCAAUUCCACUCUGGGUGGAAACUAAACAACUAUCAGCUUUCACAUUUUAUUUGGGAAUGUGGGCUAGGGGGAUGGUGGGGCUCCUACAUUGCUACCGCAUACCACUUAUAAGAAUCGGCGGUUUUGCAAGCCAAGUCAGGCUUGUAGCGAACUAGAUUAAAGAUCAGGGCUAUGUAAUAUGUUGCUGUGUUUGGUAUGAGCGCCCCAUUCUCAUCGACCGCAGGUUCUGUGGAUGAUAGCGUUAGAAGUUACUCAAGACCAAAAGGUACUACCCAGGAGGAGGUGGGGCGGCGGCGCGUAUAAGAAGCCAGUGGAAUAGCUUACGGUCUAUCAAGAUGGUUUCUUCAUAACAACCAUAGUAAUGAGCCCUAAUUC